AUGGGCUCGACAUCUAACUUUCUUCUUACAUACGUCGCGUUGUGUGCAUCGGAUGGUGUAGGUGUUGGCACGUCUCAGCCGUCGAAAGAUGGCUGGGUACCGAAAUUCGCUUCGUUAAUUAAUGCACAACAAACCGUAAAUCUCGGACGAAGUGGCUCGACUCUUGCCGAUGCUCUUCGUCAGCAAUUACCAAGAGCACUAGAACAAAAUGCCCAUGUCAUCACGAUUUGGUUAGCAGUGAAUGAUUUCAAUCAGCAAAUAUUCAAUCCUUCGAUAUUAACAAGUUAUAAAGCCAAUUUAAACGAUAUGUUAUCUCAACUUCGAUCAAAAUCCAGCAAAGACACACGAAUUUUAGUAGGAAAUAUCCCCGAUCUAGCGCAAGUGAAUAUUUAUACAGCCUUUGGUAUAUCGAAGCAGUUUCUAAGUGCCCAAGUUGCACUAUGGAAUGACGCCAUUCGGGAUAUUGUACAGAAAAAUCAAUGCGAACUAGUUGAUUUGUUCGCUCAUUGGAAAGAAUUAGCUACACAUCCUGAAUACAUAUCUUACGAUGGAUUUCAUCCGUCGGCACAUGGAUAUACGAGAUUAGCGGACGUUUUUUAUCAACAAUAUUCACAUAACUAA